AUGCCAUUGCUCGCCAUCCUCAUAGUCUGGUUGGUAUCUACAACAGCAGCGGAGACAAUUCUAGGAGUCACAGUAUUCACUCAGAAUGGCGACCGAACAUCAAAGCACUACCCUGAUCCGGCAUUGACAAACCUGGGAUUCCAGCAGAACCAGCAAGUCGGCUCUGACUACCGCAAUCUCUAUAUCAAUCCCAGCUCGCCGAAGCGGAUACUCGGAAUCUCAGAAGAUAAAUACAUUUCUUCACAGAUCUACGCCUCUGCGCCUGCACAGCAGAUCCAUGUCAAUGCCGCAACUGCCUUCCUUCAAGGGUUAUACCCACCAUUCGGCGAGACAACAUCAGAAACCCUAAACAAUGGGUCAUCCAUCCCUAACCCUCUAGGCGGAGCCCAAAUCCCUAUAAUCAACACCGAGACCAGCGACAGCCCCGGUUCAGUAUCGCUAAACGGGGCAGAGGGGUGUGCGGGCUUAACAAAAUCCUAUCAGGAGCUAUCGUACAACUCAACCUACAUCGAUAAGAUCAGGUCCACGCGGUCCUUCUACGAGCAAUUCUGGCCCUUGCUCCACAAUGUCUCGGGGUAUAGUAACAAGUCCAGCCUCUCGUAUGAAAACGCCUACGAUAUAUUCGACCUGAUUAACGUCGGCCUGAUCCAUAACGAGUCUAUGCGCGAUGCUGUGAGCGCACAUGAUUUAAUGCAGUUGCGCACGUUGGCAGAUACACAUGAACUUGACAGAGCCUUGAGUUUCAAUGCAGACAUCGACGGGCGCAUGCAAGCCAUCGCAGGCCGCACCCUCUCAGCUGCUAUAACCGCUCGACUUAACGAGACGAUCGCCUCAAAGGGAUCGAACAAGUUCUCUCUCUUCUCUGGUGGAUACGAACCAAUGCUGGCCUUCUUCGGAUUACACCAUCUCACCACUGCAUCGACCAACUUUUAUGGGUUACCGGUGUAUGCAUCGAGCAUGGCGCUCGAGAUAUUUACAGACGAGGAAUUGUCGGCAUUCCCAAAUAGCGAAGAAGAUCUGAAAGUCCGCUUUUUAUUCCGCAACGGGUCGAGUCCUGAUAGUCGUCUCACUGCCUUUCCACUAUUUGGUCAGAAGGAGGUAUCUCUGCCCUGGACGGAAUUCCUACGCGAAAUGUCCCGAGUUUCAAUCGAUACAGCCGAAGAAUGGUGCGAGAUCUGUAAUCCCAGUCCGAAAGAGAAAUUAUUCUGCUCUUCAUUCCGGAAUUCAUACUAUCCAAGCCGGGAAGCGGAUGAGGACCGACGCAAGGGGAUAUCGAAUGCCGCGUCUGGUGUUGUUGGGGCGGUUGUAAUGCUGGGUAUUAUAACUGCUGCUGCGGGCAGUGCGUUUCUGUUUUUGAGGAGACGGUGGGCGAGGACGGGGCCUGUAGGGAGUCUCUUGGGUGCUGGGGUUCCUAGGAAGGGGAGUAUAAGGAGUCUGACGUUGAGUAUUGGGAGUGAGAGGGUGAGGGUUUGA